UCAAAAGUAGCGAUAACCUGUUGACGCACCGAGCAUCUUUGUUUACAUUUACACACGUAGCUAUGCUAGCUAGUUCGUUUGCACUAGAAGUAAAAACACGUUUACGAAUUGAAGGUAUAAUGCUGAGUUAUUAGUUGGUGAUAUACCUGUCAGACAUUUACACAAGCGGGAAAUAUGGCUUGAGCAACUAAAAGGUAAUAGGAUGGUAUAUUAGUUGAAGUUGUACCCACAACUAGUUAAUGUUAGAGAACCAGAACAGUUUCACUGAAGAUGUGGACAAUCUAAGGAGUCUGCUUACACUGACGGGCUCAGUUUGGACCAGAAUCUGAGGUAAAUCAGCCUCAGCCAGGCCAGUAGAGAUGGAGUCUUUUACUGCGCGGAAGAAGUCGGGCUAUCUGCGCCAGGAGAACGCUUGUCUGAGCCUACAGAAUGAGCAGCUCAUCAGUGACCUCGAUGCGGUGCAGUCUGAAUUGUCCUCCUUCAGGUCACAGGCUGGCCUGAGGAGCUCCAGGAUGGGAGUUAAAAACAAUGUAGGAGUUAUGAGUGAGCAGAUUUGUCAGCUUCAAGCAGAACUGGAGGCUCAAGCCAAAGAUCUCAAGGCUUCAGAGCUGAAGGCAGAGUGUAGCCAGGAAGCAGCUGCUCACAGUGACAUUCUGGUGGCGAGUCUCACCGAGGAGCUCAGUACACUCAGAGAAGAGCUCGUCAACACAGCAGCACUGGGCAAACGGGCUGAACAACAAAGGAACCAAGCACUUCAAAAUGCUGAGAAACUCAAAGAAGCAUUCAAAGAUUAUAAGGCCACCAUUUCCAUUAAAGUUAAUAUGGUGAUGGAGAGUGAGGGUAAACUCAAAGAGAGUCUAAUCGAGUGUGACAGAGAAAAAGAGGAGCUGGAAAUGAAGUGCACCGUGUGGGAGAGAGAAAAAGUUGAGCAGAACCAAACAAUAAGUCGGCUGCAGGAAGGCGUGAGGCAGGCUGAGUCUGUGGCUGCUGGCUUUAAAGCUCAGCUGGAGGAGGCCGGACGAAAGGCCUUAUACCUGGAAGGGAGGCUUAAGGAGCAGGGAGCAGAGUGCAGGGAGCUGGCCUCUCUGCAAAAGCAGCUGGAGGAAUUGCAGACUCUGACCCACACUCAGGAGCACAGGGUGGCCCAAAGCCACAGGGAGGCUCAGCAGAGCCAGGCGGAGCUUGCCAGCCUUGAGGCAGCACUGGCCCUGCUGCACCUCCGAGAGGUUGCUGUGGGGCCGCUGUGCAUCAGGCCCUGCAUGUUGCCUCCAAUGGAUUUCACAGGAACUGCACACCUGCUGAAGCUGAAGCCGGGUGAAGGUUACCAGCAGCUGCUUCGAGCGCUGCAGUCGAUAGAAGCCGAGCGGAACAAACAGAACAACCUGGUGGAUCGGCUUCAAGAGCGUCUGAGCAGAGCUCAGGAGGAGAUCUCCACCCUGCAGAGCUCCAUGGCCCAGAGAGCCUCCCACUACCAGAGCCUCCACACGGAGCUGCUGGACAAAGUCAGCCAAGCCACAGACACGGAGAAAGAGUUAAAAAGAAAAAGUGCUCGUGCAGCUGCACUGGAGAAACAGUUACAGGAGAAAACCUCAGCUUACAGCCAGGCUGCACUGACCAACACUGAGCUGGAGAACCAGCUGCAGGAGAAAAGCAGCACCCUUCAGCAUUACCAGUCACUAAUGAACAAAAAGCAAAAGGAGUACCAGCAGUCUUUGGAUAAGUGCAAAAAGUCUCACUCUCAACAGUUCAACGAGCAGCAGCACAGAAUAGAAAUGUUGCAGUUGUCCGUGGAGGAGGCUCAGUCUGGGGUGUUAGAGAUGGAGCAGGAGCUGAGUUCUCUCCAGAGGGAGCGAGACGACGCUCAGAAAGCAGCUCUUCUACUUCGGAGCUCCUUGGACCAGCUUACACAGCAGAGGCAGGUUGAAGAAAGACUCAGCGAGGAGUUUCUGCAGAGUUUAAAAAAGCAAGAGGCUCAGUCUGCGACCAAGGUUUGUGAGCUGCAGUCGUCUCUGUCAGCGUGCAGAGAGGAGCUGAGCUCAUACCUGCAGCGGACGGAGGAAGUUAAGAAGAACUAUGAGAGUGAUCUGCACAAGAACAUGGACAAGGUCUCCUCCCUGCAGCAGAAGCUCCACAGAGCCAGUCUCGAGUGUCAGAGCUCCAGUGAACAGAACCUGCAGCUGCAGCUUUCUCUGCAGCAGCAGCAGACCAUGCUGGCUGAGAGCACGGCUCACAUCUCUGAACUGGAGGAGAGUCAGAGCCAGCUGCAGACUGAGGUGUCCAGUCUGGAGCAGCAGUUGGAACGAGCCCGGGCCGCUCUGCAGGUGGAGGUUAGGAUCAGAGAGCAGGAGGUGCAGGAGAGAGACAAAGACCUGCAGGAGACGAAGCAGCAGAACACACAACUCUCUGAAUCCGUCAGCCAUCUGAACUCGGAGAUGAAGGAGUGUCAAGGGGAGCUGCUGUCCAAGGAGUCAGAGCUGAAGUGUCUGAGGAGGGACAUCGCUGUGAAGACGUCUCACAUCAGCCGCAUGGAGGAAACCCUGCAAAACUUGAUGAACCAACUUGAAAGAAAAAAUGAAAUCGUGGUGGAUCUGGAGGAGAAGCUCCAUCGCUGUGAUGCCGACAGACUCAACAGCGUUCAGCGGGUCCAGGUCCUGGGGCGACAGCUUCAGGACGUGCGUCGAGAGUUGGCCGACACUCUGGAGCAGCUACAGACACUCCGAGAUGUUCUGCAGAGAACACAAACCACCGCAGACGAACGGCAAGACACGGUGGAGAAACUGACUUUUCAACUUAGUGAGACCCAGAGGGAGUUGGAGGAGAGAACAAACGAGGUCUUAGACAUGGACAAUGCUCUGAAGGAAAGACAGGGGGAGCUCCAACAGCGAGCACAGCUGCUGGCCCAGCUGGAAGUGGCCAUCCGAGAUCACAAGCAGGAGAUGGAGAGGAAGGUGGAGGCUGUGCAGCAGAGCCUGGAGGCCAGAGAGAGAGAGUUGAGGGAGUUCACAGAGAGAAACCUGAAGGAGUCCCAGCAGCUCACUCAGCAGUUGAGUACAAGUCAGCAGAAACUUCAAACCGUACUCCAGGAGCUUGAAGAGACUCGAUGUGUCUGUGAGGCUUUAAGCAGAGAAGUAGACGCCACAAAGCUGCAGAACAAAGACAAGGAGGUCCAGCUGAGUAGCGUGGAGGAGGAGCUGGCUCUGAAGGAGGCUCGCUGGCUGCAGUUGGAGGCCGAUCUGCAGAACACCAUCACCUCUUUGGAGGUGGAGCUGGAGGUGGAGAGGGAGAGGCACAGCAAGGAGCUGGAGUCGGUGCAGCAGACUCGAGGCCAGCUCCUGAAGGUCUCCGAGCAGAUGUCCUCCACCAUGCGCUCCUCCCAGGAGCAGCUCGCGGCUCAACUUCAGCAGAGCCAGAACCAGCUUGAGCAAGUCAAGGCCGAGUGUGAGCAGACCAGAAUCAAAGUUGAUCAAACUGAGACUGAGCUGGAUCGCACACGCAGCCACGUCAUUCACCUCCAAGCGCAGAGAGACCAGACUCAGGCUGAACUCCUGCAGAGUAAGACCCAGCUCGAGCAAACCAGAAUCCUGUACGAGCAGUCCAGAGCCCAGAACAGUCACCUCCACGCCCAGCUGGAGCAGCUCAGCGUGCAGUUAAAUCAAGCUAGAGUCCAGACAGCCGAGCUGCAGGACCAGCUGUGGGCCUCUGAGAAGAAAAUGGAGACCUCCAGUGAGUCUCUGCUCAUCAAGGAGUCUGAGGUGACACGUCUCCAAGCCCGACUCUCCAGCCUGGAGAGAGCUGCAGACCGCCAGAAUCUGUUCAAUCACUCUCUCUGCCUCCCUGCUAUGUACUCCUCACAGGGCUCUUCCUCUCCUCACUCCCCUCAAUCCUCGCCCAGAAAGUCCCAGACAACUGCCAUGACUUCUGACAACCCUCUCUCAGCUCCCCUGUUCUCCCCAACACUACAAAGAACGUGCUUAUCGCCCCUUCCUCACGCACAGCCCUUCUCAGCCCCUUUUUUAUCAAAUCAAACUUGUGAUUGGUUGCAGAGGAGCAGCAUCGACUCCUCUCUGGAUUUCCCCCUGAGCCUGAAGGCCACACUGAGGGAGUUAAGCAAACAACCGUUGGAGUCCACCUCCCCCUCUGCCUCCUCUGCCUCCUCUUUCUCCACAGACACAGUGGACCACAGCUGGCAGGGCCUCAGUGCUGCAGAAGCCACAGCCACCCCUGACCUCUCCUUUAAUCCGCUCACAUACAUGCUGGACAGGCACGACGACAGAGGCCUGCAGGAGGAAGACGAGGAGCAGACUAGUGAGUCGAGGAGGGAGUCUGUGAACACUCUGGUGCCUGAGGAGGAGAACAAGAGUCAUCUGACGGGCAUGAUGAAGUUUGUAAAUGAAACAUUAGCAAUGCAGGAGGACCCCACGUUGUGGAGCUCAUCCACUGCUCAUCCUCUGAUUUCACAGAGCGGAGGCUGUACACUACAGAGGGGUGUCAAGGAGACAUGAAGUGGAUUUGUCCAGCAUGUUAUGAGAAAAGAGGAAGAUGAGAUACCGUCCCUCUGGUUGCUCCUGAAAUCAAGCUUAAUGUUUUCCAUCAGGGAAAAAGAUAAAUGAUCAGUCAAAUUAAAACCACUAUGCAGACUACGAGGAUGUUAGCUUUACAGUAUAAAUGUAGCAUGUACUUUCUAAGUUGUAUUUUACUGAUAUUUAUAUUCCACACAUUUUAAAUAAGCUAAGUGAAUAAAUUGUUUUUUUCCUACAA